GGAAAUACUACAUAUCAGGGAAAAUGGGAUGGACGCCAGUUGUUUUCAUUUUGAGUCUAUCGAUAACCAAUGUAUACAGUAACACGACUGUGACAAUCUAUCCUCAGUGGCUGGCAAAGGGAGGUAAUGUUCGCUAUGAACCUGACAGAUGGAGCAAGCACAAUGGUCUGGAACAUGAAUACCUGAUACCAUGUUGUCGCAGUAUUCGGACUGACAGCGGACGCUGGAUGAAUAGAGAUAUACAUGAUAAUCUCUUUCUAGAUUGGCCACAGGACCCUAACCGUAGUGGCUACCCAGACCCGAACUACCUGAAGAACGUCACCAAGCAACAGGAACUGUUCUCCACGUAUCUUGCCAACAUUAACAGUGGGUACAAGAACGAAAUGAUCAUGGUGUCCACAUCUCUUAAUUGGCCCAACUGGAUGAACCAGCCAGAACAUCAAGGUCAUUUCCCAAACAACGUCGAUGCUGCUGCAGAGUUCAUAAUGUUAAUGGUGCAAGGAGUUUAUGACUACACACAAGGUCAGAUACCGCCCUACUUUGAAGUCGUCAAUGAACCAGAUGUUAAAGGGGACAUCAUGAAUUUCAGCACCACUGUUAGCGUCUAUCAUAAAGCAGUUGCUGAGAAACUCCAUUCCAGAUUUAACAUCAAAGUGGCGGGUCCAACAAUGACAGGGUAUAAUACAGACGUAGACAGAAAUAACUUCUCCUUCUGGCCAAAACUGGUACAGUUUCUAGACAUCGCAUUAGAUGAGUUAGAUGUAUUUUCCUUUCAUUCAUACAACUCACUAGUUGUUUCGGGGAAAACUCACAAAUUCACUGGAAAUAAUGAAGCCCGUUUGGUAGCAUUUGUCGACCUCCUUGAAAGCUAUGUCCAUCGAAAGAAAGGAAAAUCUAUUCCCAUCAUUAUCAGUGAAUAUGGUCGCGGGAAAGUAGAAGGUAUUAGCAAAGAUGCUCCAUCGGGUAUAGUCGAUUUUUCAACAAUAUAUUGCAUCAAUGGCCACCGAUUCACCCAACUUGGUCUCAGAGAAUACAUUGAUAGAACAGUGGUGUUUUGUUUAUCUAACGAGCAACGUCAGGACAUGACAGUCUCAACUUUUCACUUUUCACCCAGCAAGGGAAUGCCACACGUUUGGUCGACGUUUUCAAGUUUUGGUACAAUUUUACGUCAGAGUACUCCUUCAUCAGAACCUCCAGCCAAUCGGACGGACAAGAACGAACUGUGUCACCGCUAG